GUGACAACGUUGCCAGCUGGCAGUUCAACGAAUAGCGAGAUUUCACCAGAAGGAGUUACCCAAUACUUUGCGUAUUUACUCCGUCCAAACGAUGUGUUACCACACUCUUGUCUUUAGCUUAGAUCACAUUAGGGGGGUUUCCGCGUUUCUAAAAUUGCUGACUGCGACAAACCCACAUCAAUAACUGUGAUUGGCUAUCGCACGUCUCUGGGCAACGUUGUUUUCUUUUGUGAUUGGACGUUAUUCGUUAGAGACGUCGUCACGGCUGUAGUGAUACGUAACAAGGACAUAUGCUUCUCAGUAACACUCCCUGAUGGGAACCGCAUUAUGAGGGAGAAGAGGGCCUGAUAUUCAUUGAAACAUUUUUGGAUGGUCCAUGUGGAUCCAUGUUGAUCUUUUCCCUACCCAAUCUGAGCAGAGCAGCAGUGCGUGUGAGGAGACUGGCAACACAACUGAGCAAAGCAACGAUGUCCACAAACAACCUGGGCGCCAGUUUGUGCUCUGCAGCCAACAGCGAGGCUCCCACUGCUGCUAUUCUUAUCAUUGGAGAUGAAAUACUCAAGGGUUACACAGUAGACACCAACAGCACCUUUUUAACACGAGCACUUAGGCGACUUGGUGUGUCUGUUCAGCGAAUAACUGUCAUACCAGAUAUACAAGAGGUCAUAGCCAAAGAGGUGGUCCUCCUCUCCUCUCAGUAUACGCAUCUCUUCACAUCAGGGGGCGUAGGCCCCACUCAUGAUGAUGUCACCAUGGAGAGCAUUGCCAUGGCGUUCCAUGAGGAGUUGUAUCCCCAUCCUGAGCUCACCCAGUUAGUUGAAGAAUUCUUUGGGAAGUCCGACAAAAACAGUCCGGCUAUGAAAUUGGCCAUGGUGCCUCGCUCAACCAAACUAAACUAUGGAAUCGACCCUCAGACCGGGCAACCGCAGCACUACCCAGUGGUCAGUGUUCGUAAUGUGUAUGUGUUUCCUGGUAUCCCGGCUUUGAUGGAGAGGGCUUUUUCUGGAUUGGAGCACCUCUUUGCUGCUUCAGGAACCACAUUUCACUCUCGUGAGGUGUUUGUCAAUGCAGAAGAAACUGAGAUUGCACCUGUGCUGACCAAACUGCAGGCCAGUUGGGGCAGAAAGGUGGCUCUUGGUUCGUAUCCUGACUGGCUGAGCAACUAUAGCAAAGUCAGACUGGUCCUGGACUCAGACAGCCAGGAGGAGGUGGACAAAGCAAGAGCCCGACUGGUAGAUAUGCUGCCCAAAGGUAGUGUGGUGUCUUUAGAGAAAGACCCAGUGUCAAUCGCCACUGCUGAAGUGUACAAGCUUGCCAACAAUGGCACAGCAUUGGGUGAGAAAGUUCAGUUUGCACUAAAAACAAUAGAGGCUGCACUCGACCAGUAUCCAACGGAGCAAAUGUGCGUGGGCUUCAAUGGAGGCAAAGACUGCACAGCUUUACUCCAUCUUUACUACGCUGCACUGAAACGACGGUGUCCAGAUGGGAAAGACAGGGUCAAAGCUCUGUAUAUCCGUAUUGUAUCUCCAUUUCCAGAAAUGGAGAGGUUCCUCCAAGACACGAUAAAAAGAUAUGACUUGGAGCUGAUAUCUGUGGAGGGCAGUAUUCGUCAGGCACUAAAUGAGGUCCAGGAAAGAAGACCAGAGCUGAAGGCUGUCCUGAUGGGGACCAGGAGAAGUGACCCCUAUUCACACACACUCCAACCCAUGUGUGAAACUGAUCCUGGCUGGCCAGACUACAUGAGAGUCAACCCACUACUGGACUGGACCUAUCAUGACAUCUGGUCGUUCUUAAGGGCAUUGUAUGUGCCCUACUGUAUCCUCUAUGAUAAAGGGUACACUUCACUCGGCAGUAUGGACAACACCCUCCGGAACGUGGCCCUCAAGAUGGUGGAUGAGAAAGGGGUGACCCGGUAUAAGCCAGCCUACCUCCUAGAGAAUGAGGAAGAGGAGCGAAAUUCCCGUGCCUGAUGCUGUCUCUGUUCUUGGCACAUCAUCUGUUGCUCAUAGAGCUUUUUUUAUGUCAUAUGUCUGAUUACCAUCUACAUUUAACACAUAGCAGUGGCAUUUCGUUUGAUCUUGUAUUUACAAAAGACUCACCAUGUCUGACAUGGACGUAACUGCCCAGUUACAGCGGAGCUGUUGAAUAAAACAUCAGUCUGUG